CUGUGACAAGCUCGAGCCUCACAGGUGAAACCAGGAUAUCACUUUCGUUGCCAGAUCAAUUCACACAUGGUCCUCGUCUCCUUUGUCAUAUUGCUUUUGGCUUCGCCCGUCUUGUCCUUCAGGGCUGACUCGCAGGUCAACCUCACUCACACCAAGGAGUCGCACAAACAGACACUGCUGGGAGUCAACGGAGUCCUUGCUGAUGCCAUCAACGGAGCGAAUGCGCUCUACCGAGUGGCGUUGACAGCGGCCGUCAUACCCAUCACAGGGUAUGCCAUGAUGCACGAUGGUGAAUGCCCUCCUAGCGUCAGCAUCAUCAACGUGGACGGCGGCUUCGACUAUGGCUUGGGCUGCAAGUUUCCAGAUGUAUGCCAUUGCCCAAAGCACCCAUUCAAUCAGUGUGCAACAGCAUCUCGUUUCUCAGACCCCGACAUCAGAACCAAAGCCUUUAUCUCAACGUUUGGGUAUUGUCGAACCGGAACAUGGGUCUAUGUUUGUUCGGCUAUCAUCAUUUUGUUGUUAAUUGGUAGCAUAAUUUAUUACGUUGCAAAGAGAAGAGCACAGUAGUGUAAUCGGAUAGAAAUUGAAGAGCCGAU